CGAGUUCAAAGCUUCCAAUGGAUGGAAUGGGGCAGGUGAGUCGAAUGGUGGCGAUAGUGGCUCUGCUCCUGCUGAUUGCUCCCCAACCAGCACUGUUGAACAGUGACUCCUCAGAUGAGUCACUUGAGGCUGAGGCUAUUGAUGAGGAGAUCGAAGAAGCAAUGGGAAAUAUGCAAGCGCUCUUCGAAUUCGGCAGCGGAAUCACUGGAAAGGAAUCCAGGCAAAUCUCUAAGGCCUUCGAAAAUCUCAGUAAUUACAUUGAAAAAAAAACCAAACCCAAACGCAAAUCCAGUUUAGAAGAUCAAAAUGACAAGGUUUUUAACAUCAAACCAGACGAAAACGUUAAAAUUCGAUUUGCUUACCAACUACCAAAGGGGAUAAAACAUACGACUAAAAUCGGCAAGAAAAAGAAGAAGCCUGAAUAUUUCUUAAAUUUUUUAUUUAACAACUACCGAAAUCCCCAAAAACCCCUGGAUCACAAUAUACUCGCCAAAAAACUGAAAAUGCGACGAACUGGCAGGCGAUUGUUGCCCAAUGGAAUGCCAAAUCCUUAUAAGUACUUUCCGCUUAAAGGCGAAGAUAUGUAGAUACUAUACUUCACAAUCUAUUGAUUUGCUUACUAACAAGCAGACCGAAAUGUUUACUGACUGAUAAUAAAAAUAGCUCUUUAGUGCUUAUAAAUUCACAAAAAAAUACCCCAAGAAGUGAAGCGAUUUUGUUCUAAUUUUGAUAAGAGCGAGUUGGUAAUCAUAAUUUCUUAUCAAAACAUGUUAACGAUCGAUGUAUAUUCUUGAACUUGAGCUUCCGAAGGGUGAUUAAAUCAUAAAUUUUAAGUGCAUUAACUUCAUUAACUAGGUGUAAUUAAAACAAAUUAACAAAAGAUAAAAAACCAGACCUAGGAGUCAUCGACAUUGUUAUCUUACACUAUUUGCGUACUUUUUGCUAGACUAGAGGAAAUAAUUGUCAAAAUGCAACAGUGUUUAAAAUGGAUCGAUCACGAAAGUGGGUCUUAGAUAAG